GCAACGGAGCCUCCGUCGCUGAUCUCGCACGCGAUAACGGUGCCAUCAACGGUUCAUUGAACGGGGUCCACAGCGAAGGCGUGGCCCACAUUGCUCUGAGCGAUUCUCCAACAGAGAAAGGUGCCUCUGUUUCUCGGAUCAACUACAUCCCACGCUCAAGGUGGCCAAAAGGAAUCCCUCCUGUAAUGGGCGCGCAUCUAAUGCCUUCUGGCGAGGUUGCUCCUGUGUCUACUUCGAAAGGUGCUGGGCUUGGCGGAAUUCCACACAAGUUCUUCUACCCCGAUGAGAAGGACGACUAUGCAGUGCUCCAGUUUGGGAGCCCAGCAGCAGUCGGAUCAGGCUUGGCCACAUACGUGCAGGAGGCCUCAGCAGCAGCGAUCAAGGAGAGGGGAGCUUUCACACUGGUCCUCUCAGGUGGCUCGCUGUUCAAGGCGCUAUCACCACUGAUCGGCCUUCCGGGGCUUGAUCUUUCCAAAUGGCAUGUAUUCUUCGUGGAUGAGAGGAACGUGCCUCACUCCUCGUCAGACUCCAACUUCAAGGGCGCUGAUGAGGUUCUUCUGAGCAAGGUGGCAAUCCCGAGGGAGCAGAUAUACGCCAUCAAGGAGCACCUGACAGUAAACGAGGCGGCCACAGAGUAUGCAGGACAGCUGCUGCGCUUGGACGAGAAAGUCCUGCCACGCAAUCCAGAAGGGCUGCCGGUGUUUGAUAUGAUCCUGUUGGGCUUGGGCCCGGAUGGCCACGUGGCAUCUCUAUUCCCCAACCGCUCGCAGAUUGCCGCGACCGAUUCGUGGGUCCUCCCUGUGGAAAACUCGCCCAAGCCGCCGCCCGAGCGCAUCACCUUCUCCCUCCCAGUCAUCAACAGUGCGAAGCAGAUCGGCAUUGUGGCGGCGGGAGAGGGCAAGGCAGAGAUCGUGCAGAGGGUCUUGGAGGUGCAGUCGCUGCCCGGCGCCCUGCCCGCGCAGCUGGUGCAGCCCACAGCGGGCAGCGUCACAUGGUUCCUGGACGUGGCGUCCGCGCAGAACCUGGCCAUGCACAAGUGGGAGUCCACCAAGAGCUUCCCUCGUAGCUCCUGAGAGCUCGCGCCAUGAUGCGCACGCUAUCGCAUGCUAUGCACAAUCGCUUUCUUGAUCUGCUGAGCCACAAUAACCAAAUUGCUUUCUUGACCUGCUGGGCGACAAUAACAAAGGUGUUUCGGGGCAAGUUGUCUUGCAAAGGGAUGGGCCAGGGGAAUGCACAGUGGACAAAUCUUUCUGGCGUGAUAGGUUUGUGCGAGAGAAGUUCAUGAAUUAUGGGUGUGGGCUCUUGAGCUCUUGCAUCAUGAGUAUUACAUCUUGGUUGGUGUUGAGGGCCUCCUGCUGAGAUUUUAAAAAUAUUCCAGACUGGACAAGCAAGUCAGUAACAAAGCCUGUGCUCAUCACCAUAAGGAUCAUGGCAUUCUGUGGUCAGCGUGAAACUAUGACAGACCAAUUUGGGCACAUUGAUGCGGUAUUAGCAAGCCCAGCCGACGAGCUGAACGAGACACCAGUUUUGCAGGACAAUAUUUGACAGGGACAUGAUUGUAAGGUUUCCUGCAUUGACACUACAGAGCAAGACACAGAAAAGUCCAUUGGGUGUUGAGUCUUGGUAUACUCUGUGUUGGACUUGCUGGGUGCUAUAUAGCUAUAUAGCUAUAUUUAUAAAACUAUCAUUUAGC